CUCUCUCUCUCUCUUUGACUUCCUCUUCGCACCCAACUCUGAUACUCACUCCCACUCUGUUUCCCUCCUGCAUUUCUACUCCACUCUCUGCACUGCAGUUCCCUCUUUUUUUCUAUAUUUGGUCAUUUUUCCCCCAAAACACAAUAAAUUCGCUUCUUGGAAUUUAAUUUCUAUUUCUGAGAAAUUCAAAAGUUCCCGUUUGAAUGGAUUGAGAGAGAGAAUAUAACGUUAAAAAUAGGAAAACAGUGUCCUACAAAACUGCUUAUUCCAUUCUAUCUUUCUCAUUAAAAUUACCUUAAACGCUAAACCCAAUCUGCUCUGAAUCUUUAUCCGCUUUGCUAAUUCUAUCAUAUCCUAGGAGGGCCUUUUAGUUUAGUCAUUCCUAUGAAAUUUUUAUGAGUUUUCCCUAAAACCUUACUCAUUCUAAUGAUUCUUUGUUUCUUUGUUCUAUCUUCUGAUUUUCUAUCUAUUUGAACGGGAUGGCUUCUUCUCAAGUCCAGUCUUCACCGUUUGGGUGCGUUCUGAGAGAUCGAAACCGGCGGGAUCGUUGCAGCCCUAAUUCCAAAGGCUCCAAUUCGUUCCAGAAGAAUCUCAAGGAUUUGGUGCAUUCUUGCAUUCCCCGUCAGCCCAGGAAUUUCAAUUCCGAUUCUGAUGAAAACCAGGUUAACCUCACCACGGACUUGUGGGUUCAUAAGCCCCAGAAAGACGAAAACGAUGAAUGGAACAGUAAUAAGGCUUCAGAAAACUGGAGAAAAGUCAAAGACGUCGUUUUUCCGGCGCCGGAAUCCUCCGUGGAGACACCGCAUUUGGGCGGCGUCUCUUCCCUCGUACGGAAAUGGAGUGAUUUCGAGACUCAGAUAAACGAAGAAUCUUCGAUUGACGGUUGGGAAUCCGACAGGACGCCGAAGAGCGGGAUAGAUUCCGACGCUACGGAGAGAGAGAGGAUUAGGGUCGCUGAUAUAAUCAGGAAAUUGUCCUCCAGUACGGCUGAUGAUAGAGAACCCAGCAUUAAUGGCGGAAAUGAAGCAGGGUUAUUACUGCCUCGGAUUAGAACAUCGUCGGAUCAUCAGCAGGAGCAGCUCCGGGUUCUCAACUCUCCGCGCAUCAUCAGAGGCCGCCCGGCUUUCUACUCUUUUCUUAUGCAAGUGGAGCGCGACAGAGCCACGGAGCUUGAAGCUCUUACACACCGUAAAGCUGUCUCUAAAUUCCAACAGAAAGGCCGCAUUCAGGCUGUGCUUCGACUUAAACUCCUAAGACACGGGGCGAAAGCAAGAGAUGAGCCACCAUCAAGUAGCACCUCGCCUGAAUCAAAUAGAAAACCGCAAUCUUCAAUAUCCCAUCUCAGGGAGAGAUUCAAUGCUGGAGUUCAGCACAGUAUAGCUGACUCAAAAGCCAUGCCCAGAAAAGUUCCUGAUAGCAAUGCAGAAGCUGGAAAAGUUUCGGUAUCCAAUCAAUCGACACAAGAUCAUAGUACCUCAACAAAUGGAAAUGUUUCCACAUCUGUUGGAAUCAAAGAAGAGAAUCAUCCUAAAGUAGUUCAGCAAAUUAAUAGUGAUCCUCAAAGAGAGCUGUCAAAGAAUAGACAAGAAAACGGCUUGGAAAUUCGCCAUAGGGAAGCAGUGGACAAUACCUCAAAUAUUGGAAAUGUUUCCACAUCUUAUCAACUUCAAGAAAGGGAGUGUCUUGAUGACUUUGUUGGGCGAAUAAGCCCUCACAGAGAGGUAGCAGCACCUGACCCGUUGAGCUCACUAGAAGAGGAGGCGCUACUUACUCAACAUUCAGGGUGUUCUUUUACCUCCAAUCAACUUGAAGUUUAUCAUAACUGUGAACAAGUUAACUCCACUUUACAGUAUAGUGAUCCCCAACAUCAGAUUGAAGGAGCUAGUAAUGAAUUUUCAAUUGAUUGGGAAGAGGCAAUAGCCACUAGUCAACAACCAGUAGAAAGUUAUUAUGACUGGGAUGAUGAACAGUCUGGUUACCCCCAACAACCAGAAUAUGAUCAAGAUUGGGUAAUUGAUGUUUCUCGCCCACGCAGUGAAUGGGAAGAUCUCAGGCAAGUAAGAUACCAGGAGAUGCUUGAUCCUUUCUUCGAAAAUAAUGAUAUACGAGAACUCGUUCAAAGGAGAAGUGUUUCAAAUUUUCUUUCUGGUAGUCUGAGAGACAAAAUAGAUGAGAUGAUUAUGUGUCGCUCGCAAAGACACCCAAUUCCAGUGAAUAGCAGCAAUAUGCAGGAAGAAGUAAGAGAAAGAGUACCGGUGGCAGACUAUAAGAGUGAGGAGGUGGAGGACAUAGAAGAAGACAAAUAUGAUGAAAGUGGUGAUGAGUAUGAAGUUGAUAGCCAGAUUCGAGAACAACCAGAAGACGAAGCUGCAGAAGUAGUCGAUCACACUUGGGGCCAUAAUCAAGAUCUCAAUUUCAGUAUUGACUCUGAUCAGAUAGCAACUACAUCCUUACCGCAAUCUCAAUCAGCUAAGUUAUACGCCACAAGGCCAUUUGCAUCCUCCACAAGCCAUCCUUCAAUUGAAGUAGAACUCAUAUAUGAAUUAAGGGGGCACAUGGAACAACUCCAUCAAGAGAUGUCUGAAAUACGACGUUCAAUAAAGGAUUGCAUGAACAUGCAAGCUAAAUUACAAAAGUCAAUCAAGCAUGAGGUUGCAGCUGCUCUUAAUCAAUCAGGUCAAAAGAGUAGGAGGGGUUCAAGCAGUAAACAUCCGAGCAAUGAAAACUGCUGUAUUUGCUCUGAGAUGAAAAUUGAUUCUCUCCUAUACAGAUGUGGACAUAUGUGCACCUGCUUCAGGUGUGCCCAUGAGCUAGUUUGGGGCAAUGGAAGGUGCCCAAUAUGCGAAGCACCAAUACUAGAUAUCGUACGUGCUGUAUAUGCUCCAUGAGGGUUUACCACAAGUGAAUAACAAGUUGUUGCUUCACUGGAGGCUGCCUUAACUCUCUAACUCUCUGCCCAGUGAAAAAUUAGCCAAGGGGGAGGAUUUACUGAUUUAGUACUGGUGAAGUGGUGAACAAGCUGCCUUAACUCUCUAAUUCUGUCCAGUGAAGAAUUUGCCAAGGGAGAAUUUUUUAAUCCCCUAGGCUUUAUUUCUUGUUUACCACCCAUUUCUCUUUAAUGUGCAUAGCCAUAGCCAGGGCUGAUUGACAUAACAGAUUGGAAUGUUCAAAUAUUUCUCUUUUAUGUAAGUUCCUCAUUAAGUUAAU